AUGGCACCUGAAGUACUUCAACAAUUUGCCGUAGGUGGAGGACUCCCAGUAACCAAGAUGCAGGACCCAAAAGAGAAGUUUUACCACCAUUUUCAGGAGGAAGUCAUCAGUCUACAAGAGCAGAUCGACAAUGUGAGCUCCAUAUCUCAGGUCGGUGGUGAGAGGCAAGACGCCAUUGACCACAUCCUGGCCGGGAUAUCAAAUCUCUCCAACGAAGUCGCCGACGCUUCCGACUAUGUCCCCUCGUACGACCAACGCAACUACGCCCAGGCCGUCAAAGCUCUCACAGACAAACUGAAUGAGACCACGGCCAAGCUGGCCCCGCGUUCGCGCUUCCAAUUCAAACCCCGCGGAGCGAGCUCAGCAACCGCCAACAGCGACCUAGCCACUCCCAAAAAUGACCCCCGUCUCAUGGUAGGAGCAAGCCUCGCCGACCCCCUACCACCCUCUCGGGGCGGCCCGGUCAUCGCUCCCCCCGACUCAAGCCAGCCGACAGAGACAGACGGUCUCGGCGACCUCCCCAACUUCCCCAAGAACUACAACGAGGAAAUGGCCCGGCCGAGCGCCACCAAAGUCCGCAAACCCAGCUUCUCCACCGCAAAAGACAUUGCCGUAUUCGGCCAGGACGGCCUGCACAUCAUCCUCCCGUCCUCGGCGUCGCGGGCGACGAGUUCCGGCCGCUUGACCGAUCUCAAGGGUUGUGUUGUCGACAUGUCCAUCGCGCUCUCGGGCCACACCUCGUUUGCGAACCUGGCGCUCAAGAAUAUCGAAAGAAGUCUUGUCGUUGCUGGUAACGUGGCUGGGCCGGCGCAUAUCACGUGCGUGUCGGAUAGUAUCAUCGUCGUCUCUGCCCGACAGGUGCGUAUCCACGAGUGUAGGAAUGUCGAUAUCUAUCUGCACUGCUCGAGUCACCCGAUUAUUGAGGAUUGUUCGAAUAUGCGCUUCGCGCCGCUGCCGCCUAGCUUUGAUACCACAGAAGACCCUACCAAGAACCAGUGGGAUCAAGUGGACGACUUCAAGUGGCUCAAGUCGGAGCCCAGUCCGAACUGGAGCGUCUUGGCAGAGGAAAAGAGGUUGCCCGAAGAGAUUUGGACAAAGGUUGUCCCGGGCGAGCGCGGCAAGGAUUUGCACGAUAUCCUCAAGGCAGUCGGGGUUCAGAAGCAUUGA